AUGCCCCGCGUGUCUGAGCUAAAAAGGCAACAGCGACCUAGUCACCAUGUGAUUGGCUGUUAUUAUAGUCAAUCACCUAUCAAUUAAGCGGGACAGUUAGUGCCAUGGCAACUCACUCAGCAACCAGUGCCCAGCAACAAGCACCCAUCCCUAUCCAUAAAGAACGAAUCAGUAAUUAAGGUCCAGUCUGACAGAAGUGAUCUGAGGAGACGCAUGAGAGACACAGAGCAGAAGCUGCAGCACGAGAGACAAGACCACGGGGACGUCAACUCUGAGCUCAGUCGCCAGUUUAAAGCCAUGCAGGGAGAGCUGAGCAAUGAGGUGAAGAGACUGGAGAAGGAAGUCUGCCAGCUAAAGGAGGAACUUGUGCUGUGUCAGGAUGAGCUGGCAAAAGAGAAGAGAGAGCGUGAGCAGGUGGGAAAGAAGAAAGACGUCACUAUAGCAGAUCUUCAACAUGAACUGGAGAACAUGGAGUUAAGCUAUGAGAAGAUCCUACAUGAUACUCUGGAUGGUCUGACUUCCCAGGUGUCUGACGCUUAACACCGAUGGAAGGACAAGAACACAACCUAUCUACAGGAUUACAAGGAGACGCUUGCGGAAUUUGGCCUGAAAGCUGAGGAAGUUUAA